GUCUAACCAGAAAAAUAAUAAAAAAUUUACACUAAGCCUGUGCUACACCUCGUUACACUAUACUUCCGCCCUGGUUAGUCAUAAUCAUUCAUAUUCACUCCGUUUAUGCUCAUAAGAAGAAGAUGAUCUACAUGGGUUGGCAAUAUGGCUCUUCCACCGCGACGGUAAUACUUGGUGUAAACAUAAAGGUAGGCCAAAGCGAAAUUUAUCAACCAGUGAGUGCGAAAAGGCUUGUGGCUUAAGAGUUUUCAUAAGGUAAUUAUCUUCGUGCUCAGUUAUGGCAUGAAUGCGCCGGUCUCACAGUUAAAAUUCCCUGCCCAGGCGAUAGGGUGUUUUACUUCCCUCAAGGCCACCUUAAGCAGGUGGAGGAAAUCACGACGCAAGAUGGCCUCGAUCAUAUACCCAUCCACGGGUUACCUUCAAAGAUACUGUGUAAGGUGGUUGAUGCUCAGUUAAAGGCACAUUCCAAGACUGACGAGGUGUAUGCUAAAAUUACUUUGCUUCCAUACUUUGAACAUGAGGGGCCAAACUUCUUUAGGACUGUUCCUCUAAACAUUCCUUCAAGGUCUUUCCGCAAGAUUUUGACACCCACAGAUGUAAGCAAAGUCGGGGCAUGUGGACUACCCGCGAGAGAUGUUGAGAGAACCUUCCGACCUCUGGACAUGAGUCAGGAUCCAGCUUCACAAGAUAUAGUUGCCAAAGAUCUACAUGGGUCAACAUGGCAUUUCAAACACACAUGUCGCCGUCGUCAAAAGAGACAUACACUAGUAAAAGGUUGGGGUAAUUUUGUGCGUCAAAAGAAGCUACAUGCAGGAGAUGCCUGCAUUUUUCUAAGAUGGCAAACUGAAACAUAUGUUGGGAUUUGUCGAGCAGUUAGAUUGCAUAGGCCGCCACGCGCCACUAUGCAACAUCGCGUGCUAUCUGAUGCUUAUUUAUCUAUCAAUGCAGGAACCCCGUUUACAGUAUAUUACUAUCCUUGGACGAGUGCUUCACCAUUUGUAGUAGCCUAUGAUGAGGUCGUGGAGUCGCUUCAAGUUAAUUAUUCGCGUGGAAUGUGUUUUGAAGUGCAGUUUGAUGAUGAAAAGCCUCAUCAUGUCUUGAAAACAUUCACAGGUAUCAUAAUUAGCAAGGAAGAUGUUGAUCCUGUCAAAUGGCCUCAAUCAGAAUGGCAAUGCCUAAGGGUUACUUGGGAUCCCCGAGCAUGCGGAGAUGGUCUUCCUGAGAGGGUUUGCCCAUGGCACAUCCGAUGUCUUGGCUUAGCUGCGCCACAUCAGCAGUCAUUGGUUUCUGUUUACCAAGAGGGGUUUAUGCCCAACAUUCGCCACUUGCCAUUUUCAACAACUAAUGGUCAAGGAAAUGGAAACAGAACAUUGACUCUUCCCGAUAUCAACGCCCCUAGUUCAUCAAGCCAAGAACAGCCUCGCGAUAAGAAAGAUGGUCGUAGAGUCAAGCUGUUUGGAGUAUACAUCGGAUAACCAGUUAUAUUAUGAAGGUCUUGUAAGUUACUUUGUUAGGGUGGAUCAAGUGUUUCUCUUUAUCUUUGUGCCCUUAUGUUAGUUAAAACCUAAGUAUGUAAAAGCUCAUAAGAAAUCUUCAGCUCAGACUUUACAACUUUGUAGUAUCAGUUGUUACAUAAACGCUUAUCAUGUGGUAUGUGUUGAAUGUCUUUGUACU